AUGACAGCAAAUAAUUCGUUGCAUUCGAAGUCUGAAAGAGGAAAGCAUCGUUGUCGGCGUUUUGAACAAAUUUGGUGAAUUUUAGCAAUUUAGCUUGUGCCCUAGAAGUAGCAACUAUUCCAAAUUAAGCCAUGAACAAGGAAGAACUCCUUCGCAACAUUUUCUACUCCGAUAAGUAUUACGACGAUAAAUACGAGUAUAGGCAUGUAUUAAUUCCCAAAGAAAUGGUCAAGUACGUUCCAAAAACCCAUUUGAUGACUGAAGAUGAAUGGAGAAGUAUUGGUAUACAACAAAGCAAAGGUUGGAUACACUACAUGACGCAUAAGCCUGAACCUCACGUACUGCUAUUCAAGCGACCAAUCACUGAGCAGCCCAAUAAGUAAAAUGUCUAUUAUCUAAUGGUUUAAAGUUUUUGUUUUAAAAAUAUUGUAAAUAGCUAACAAGUGGUGGCGAAUUCAAGGGCAUUGUUAUCCAAUUAAUAGAAGAAACUUUUUGUCUGGAACGGAAUUUGCAGUUGAAUUGUACAUAUUACGCUCACAAAUAGUCUCCUACUUUUAUGUUAAUUUAAAUUGGUUUUCAAUCAAAACCGACACCACUGAGGUAUCGAAAUAAUCUCAGCUCUUUUUCAGUAUUCUGGCGAUCUAAACUAGCUAUCAAUGCCCUUGAUAAGAUAUUGUCAACAUGAGUAAUUAAGAAUGUGAUUCGAUUUCCUUUUGUCUAAGAAAGGCUGUUAUUACGUUAAGGGUUUGCACAUUACCAUUACCUUUCUGCAACUUUUCAAGUUCAAUGAAUUUGAUCAGGAUGAAAGCAGGAUUCUGGUUCGGAGAUGGAAACAAACACAUCCUAAAGCUCAACUGCACAUUUUCAUUAAUUUAUCGAGUGUUAAGGCAAUGGUAAUGUGUAACGAGUCGAUUACGACUCUACCCACUUAUCUCGUCUAUGUUGAAUCUAGUAUUUCGAAGGUGUUUGUAACAUAACGUAGCUUAAUUGUCAUAGUUUUUCUUUCAUUUUUCAUUUCUGUAUUCGUUGUCGAUUUGGGAAGCGCGUUUUAUCCAAUACUGAUUUCAAAUGCUUUUACAUUCAUGUCGAAAAAACACCCGUCAUUUAACAUGUUAUAUCUUAAUAAUACUUUGAUAAUACAGUGGUUUUUAAUUAAA